AUGCUGGCUGCUGGCUGCUGGCUGCUGGCUGCUGGCGGCGAGGCUUUCGGACGGCGCAGUUUGGCCUUGUUUGGCCUUGUUUGGCCCGUUUGGUUCCGAUUUGGACGCGGUUUGAUCGCCCGGCUAGCGGGAGCAGAUCAGCAUCUCGGGCAGGCACGACCCCCGAUUGAGCAAGGUGCGACCAUCCCUGCUGCGAAUCAUGGCCGCGCUGCCAUCGCCAAACAUCCCCCAAACUGUCACUCGCCUGUCACGCUCCAAACCAAGGCUUGCGGCUCCCGCGACAUAUUUCUUCUGCCAUGUCGUCCGGCUCCAUGGCUCCGCGGCCAAAAGCAUGCGCUGCUCGCUGUUGCCCAGCCGCCGUUGCUCGAUGCGUCGUUUGCGUCUGCUUGCGCUGCUGGACCCGGCUGCCCUGGGCCCCGUGACGUCGCUGCUACCACAACCAUAGCAAUGGCUCGCAGAUGCGCUAUCGACCCAAGGACCAUCCUCGCAAUUGCUGUUUGA